UGGGGUUUGGUGGUGUCUCUUGAGCGCAGUUUCAAGAUUCAUCUUGAGAAGGUAGCAGUACAUUUACCGCUCAAAGUGAGUCCGGAGCCUAAGGCGUGGGCUUGGAGUCCUGACUCAAAAGAUACCUCCUUGUUUUUACCGGGCCGAGCGUCGUUCCGCAAGGGCUUGGCAAGAUGAGUGACAGGAGUCGACUAACGGGAAAGAUUGGAGAUGAAACUUUGAUUGAGAUGAGCCAGAACUCCCUAUGUGAUGGGGACAACAACGGCUUCCCCCACGAUACUGAUGACUAUCCCCAGCCUGACCCUUCAGAGGUUGACAAGCAUCAGCAGAGUAAAGACUCUGUGUUCUUCCGGGAUGGAAAGAGGAGAAUUGACUUCAUCCUGUCCUAUGUGGAUGACCGAGACGGAGAGAGGAAGCAGGAGAGGCGGAAGGAGUACGAAGCUAACCUACAGAAGGCAGGUCUGGAGCUGGAGACAGAGGAUCAAUCGGAGUCAGAUGAUGGUAAGACAUACUAUGUGAAGAUCCACACUCCAUGGGAUGUGCUAGCCACCUAUGCCGAUGUCCUCAAGAUCAAGGUUCCCUUCAAGGCCAACGACAUCCCCGCCCACAAGGACAUUCCCAUGAACUGGCUGUUCACUCCCUUCCGUCUACCGAACCACAUUAUGAAUCCUGAACCAGACUACUUCACCUCUCCCUUCAACAAGGAAAAGAUUGACUUCUUCCUUAUCGAUGACAAGGAGACCUUCUUCCCUCCCUCUGUCCGCAACAGGAUAGUGUACUAUAUCCUGGCCCGCUGUGCGUACUACAAGGAGGACAGUGAUGACAAGAACAAGAAGGGCAUCAAGCGCCUGCUCAACAACGGGACCUACGGGGCUGCCUUCCCACUACAUGACUCUCGGUACUGGAAGGCAUCCAGAGACCCCAACAGUGAGAGUGAGAGAUUCAGCCUCUACAAACACUGGGCCCGGUUCUUCAGUUUCUUCAAAGAGCAGCCUCUCAAUUUGAUACGGAAGUAUUACGGGGAGAAGAUUGGGAUCUACUUUGCCUGGCUGGGUUUCUACACUGAGAUGCUGUUCUUCGCUGCGGUAGUCGGCCUGAUCUGUUUUCUCUAUGGAUUGUUCACCUUCGAUGACAACGUCUGGAGUAAAGAAAUCUGCAGUGAGGAGAUUGGAGGCAACAUUAUCAUGUGUCCGCUGUGUGAUAAGACGUGUGGCUACUGGAAGCUCAACUCAACGUGUAACUCGUCCUGGCAAUCGCAUAUGUUUGACAAUGUGGGCACAGUUUUCUUUGCCAUAUUCAUGGGGAUUUGGGUGACUCUGUUCCUGGAGUUCUGGAAGCGUCGGCAGGCCCGGCUGGAGUACGAGUGGGACCUGGUGGACUUUGAGGAAGAGCAGCAGCAGCUUCAACUACGACCAGAGUACGAGAUCAAGUGUACCAGCCGCAGACUCAACCGCGUUACACAGGAGAUGGAACCAUACUUUCCCGCAAAAUCCCAGUGUGCUCGUACAUUCCUGUCUGGAGCCACCGUCAUAUUCUGGAUCUCACUGAUCAUAGCGUGUAUCAUCGGGGUGAUAGCCUACCGUUUGGCGGUGUACGCUGCGUUCGCUAGCAUCAUGAAGGACAGCCCCACCAAUAACAUCCACAUGGUGGGCUCCAUCAUCACCCCACAGCUCGCCACCUCCGUCACCGCUUCCUGCAUCAACUUCGUCAUCAUCAUGAUCCUCAACGUGAUGUAUGAGAGAGUGGCCAUCUGGAUCACUGACAUGGAGAUCCCCAAAACACACCUUGAGUACGAGAACAAGCUGACAGUGAAGAUGUUUCUGUUCCAGUUCGUCAACUACUACUCUUCCUGUUUCUACGUGGCCUUCUUCAAGGGGAAGUUCGUCGGUCGUCCCGGAGACUACAUCUAUAUGUUCGGCUGGAGCAAGCUGAGGAACGAGGAGUGUGACCCUGGGGGCUGUCUCAUUGAGCUGACCACUCAGCUGGUCAUCGUGAUGGCAGGCAAACAGGUGUGGGGUAACAUCCAGGAAGCUCUGGUUCCGUGGCUGCUGAACUGGUGGGGGAGCCGUAAAGCCCGUAGCCACCCUGAGAGCCUGUACAGCCGCUGGGAGCAGGACCAUGACCUGCAGAACUUUAGCCAUCUGGGUCUUUUCUAUGAGUACCUGGAGAUGGUGAUCCAGUUUGGUUUCAUCACUCUGUUCGUGGCCUCCUUCCCUCUGGCCCCCCUGCUGGCGCUGUUGAACAACAUUAUAGAAGUUAGAGUGGACGCCUGGAAGUUCACCACCCAGUUCCGCCGGCCCGUGGCGGCCAAAGCCCACAGCAUCGGAGCCUGGCAGGAAAUACUGAACGGAGUUGCCGUUUUCUCAGUCGUCACCAACGCGUUCAUCGUAGCCUUCACAUCAGACAUGAUUCCCCGGCUGGUGUACAUGUAUGCCUACAGCCCUGACAACGAUCUCUCUAUGAAGGGCUACAUCAACAAUAGUCUGUCAGUGUUCAACAUCUCUGGGUUCUCUGAGGACAACCGGCCUGAUGACGGAGAGAGCCCUGAAUGGUUCAACAGCUCUGUCAUCACCACCUGCAGGUAUCGUGACUACCGCUACCCUCCAGGCCAUGAGAAGCAGUACACUCACACCAUGCAGUUCUGGCACAUCCUGGCUGCCAAGCUGGCCUUCAUCAUUAUCAUGGAGCACGUGGUGUUCAUGGUGAAGUUCUUUGUGGCAUGGAUGAUUCCUGACGUUCCCGCGGAGGUGAAGGCCAGGGUCAAACGGGAACGCUACCUCAUCCAGGAGUACCUGCAUAACUACGAGGUGGAGAACCUGAAGAUCCAGCUAAGCCACAGGAACGAUGACUGCUCCUCCAAUCCCGUGGACAUAACCCGGCGCGAAGUGCUAUCCGAGUGUCUCUAGCACCCGUCCUCGCCCUCCGCCCACUCGUUUGAUUUUGGCUCGUGUUCAUUAGGGCACACGACGGAAAACUUUUUAAAACAUUUUUCAACAGGAAAUUUAUAAUUAGUGUUUUUGUUAUUGGACAUGUCCGAGAUAGGACAAUUCCCAAUUUUGAGUCUGUUUUGUUCCGUUUGGUGCCUCAUGAACAAGACCCUGUUCAGAUUGGGCUGGGGCCUGGGCUGGUUUUAAGGAGAUUCUCUAUAAACUACCCUGAAUGGUGGGAGAUCUGUCAGGGCUCUGUCUGCUGGUGGGGUAUAGAGGGAAAACCUCACAGAAAUAGCACUUUGAUUACCUCUGUUGGUAGAAAGGUGCUGUAUAAAUCACAUUCAUCAUCAUCAUCAUCAUCAUCAUCAUCAUCAUUAAAUACAAGACGAUACUACAUUUAGUGUGACAUGUUUAAAGCAGUGCCCGAUCUGUCCAUGUGUGGUCUAUGGGAUUUCAGAUCUCAUCUUCAAUCAACAACCAUUCACUUCCAUCCACACUAACAUACUAAGGCUACGUUUACACAGGCAGCUCAAUUCUGAUCUUCUUAUUUUUUCUUUCUUUUUUUACACUAAUUGGUGUUUUGACCAAUCACAUCAGAUCUUAUCACAUAAGAUUUUUUUUCAGAACUGAUCUAAUUGGUCAAAAGGCCAAUGAGUGGAAGAACAAAAAAAGAUCAGAAUUGUGUUGGCUGUGUAAAUGCAGCCUACUAGAUGCAGACUACAGCAAUAGAGUCCUUCUGACUGACAACAAGAGGGAAGCAGGGAGCUGGGAAACAUGACUGCUUGCAUGGCAACGGUGUUGGGGCGGUAAAGCAUUACAAAAUAAUGCGCUAGAGUACUCAGAAUCAUUUUCUUGUGGUAACGAGUAAACUAACGCGUUCGUUUUUUAAAUGUAAGUAGUCCGUUACUUAGUUACUUUUUCAAAUAAGUAAUUUUACAAUAUUAUUUCUCCUUUUCUUUGUUAGCUGGUAGUUAGCUAGCGAGAUGGCAAAGACAACAGCCUUUAUUGUGGAAGUAUUUACAUUCGUUUGAACUGGUAAAAGAAAAUGACAGAUGUUACCCCUCGAAUCUUGACUGAAGGCGCUUUGCGGGAUUCACACGCCUCCAGGAUAUUUCUAAUUUAUUUUCUUGUAAUAAAAACAAACCGCGUAGCAAGGUGAUCAAGUUAGGCUCAGUAGAUAAGAGUGGACAUUUAUCCUGCUCCGUCUUCACUGUUAAUUAUACAGGAAAUGGCACUAGAAUUACACAAUGGGAUCGUAUAGUUAAAUAAAAAUCCAGUUCGUUUCUGUGUGUAAUAACAGAUUGGUAGCCUGAGCUGACCUUUUACUGAGACCAGUUGGUUUUAUAUAGGUAUUUACUGAUGUGUAAUUGUAAAUGAGAUAUUGCGUCUUGUCAAUAUUACUUGAGUUAGGCUACGGACAUUAGGCCAUUCAAAGGUGGUGUGCGCCCUCUACUGGGCAUAAGAAGGAAUGACCAACACGUACUCGUUCUCUUCAGAUGGUUGUUUUUGGAAACGCAAAAGUGACUUUCCGUUCUUUAAAUGCAAGUAACGUUAUAACGUAACUCGUUUCUUUAAAAAGUAACAUUCCCUGUAAAUCGUUAUGUCCAUUCACAAUAACAAUGCUGUACAAACAUUGUGUUAACGCAAGGCAGCUUUAGCUAGCUCUCAGCCUAUCACACCAAACGCAAUCACUUGUGUUCAUUUUGCAUUUACAUUUACAUUUAAGUCAUUUGGCAGACGCUCUUAUCCAGAGCGACUUACAAAUUGGUGAAUUCACCUUAUGACAUCCAGUGGAACAGCCACUUUUUGAUACUAUAAGCAACCAAAGACAAAAUGCCUUAAUAUUUUUUUUACAAAUUCAUUGUUAAAUGAGUAAAGAGGCUACAGUUUGUUAAAUUUUGAAGUAAUGUCAGUUGAACGUUUAAACGUAUUUACUAAUCUUCUGCAACUUGCCAACUGAGCUUCUGUCCAAGGUCCAAGUAUCAGAUGAUAUGGGAAAAGCAUAACUUUUUUCACGUAUCAUCUGAUACUUGGCCUCAGCAAUCAUUUCCUGAUUUCAGAAGUCAGGAUUUGGGCAGGAGAGGAGAGUGGGCAGUAGCAGCUGGUGUUUACUGUUGACUGUGGGUGUGUUCUGUUCUUUAAAGAUGAGAGAGAGAGAGAGAUAGAUAGAUAGAUAGAUAGAUAGAUAGAUAGAUAGAUAGAUAGAUAGAUAGAUAGAUAGAUAGAUAGAUAGAUAGAUAGAUAGAUAGAUAGAUAGAGAGAGAGAGAGAGAGAGAGAGAGAGAGAGAGAGAGAGAGAGAGAGAUAGAUAGAUAGAUAGAUAGAUAGAUAGAUAGAUAGAUGAAAGAGAGGAGAAUAAUCUAUUUUUAUUGUGCCUUUGUUUACCCACUCAUUAUCACUACUGAAAGCUUAGCUUGUCCUCACCUACUGGGGCUAGUCAUGUUCCUCAUAUCACCAUACCUCUCUCGCUCUCUCUCUCCUUCCAUCCAAAACACAUUGCUCUCUAUGUCUCUCUCGCUCUCUCUGUCUGUCUCUCUCUUUCUCCUUCCAUCCAAAACACAUUGCUCUCACUCUGUCUGUCUCUCUCACUCUAUCCAUCCAAAACACAUCUCUCUCUGUCUCUCUCACUCUAUCCAUCCAUCCAAAACACAGCAUUUAGCCUUUCAUCACAACUGGUUAUAUUUUCUGGUUUUAUGUUCGUGAUGAAAAAGAAAGAUGAACAUUAUUUUAUAGGUUGUUUUUGUUGUUGCACAAAGCACUUAAAUAAAUGACACUAGCUGAUUGCUGAUCUGUUUCUGCUGUGUGACUCCAAUGCAGUUGACGAGACAGUACAAACAGAUUAUUCCCGGUGAACGCUGCAUACUGUAUGUUUGGCUCAAAUGACUUUCACAUUUCAGUUAUAUAUAUAUUAUACUAUUAUAUUAUAUUAUAUACCACAGAUCUCCAGUGCUACAGAUUGAAUCGAGCCCUUUAAUGUUUAUCUAACAGGAACAACCUGUAGAUGUUGAAGAGAUAUAAUUCAAUGAAAUACAUUUCAAAUGGAUCCCACCUUUUUAAUCGCACAUAAUUAUACAUGUUUGGACUUGAAUCUAGAGUCUAAAAAGAAGGAGAAUAAGAAAACCUGUUGAAGCAUGUACAAUCAGUGAAUAAAUUGUUUCGUUUUUUUUAUUGCAUGAAGGAUAUGUUUCCAAAGGUAUAAAUGUACUACCUAUGUAAGGUAAUAUCAACUUAAGAAGUAAUUGUUUUCUUUAUUAUAGCUGGCUAUACCUCAAUCUCAGGCUGAACAUCCUAAUAUAGAAUGUUUGGUACGAAAAUAAAACCCAAAUGGGUUUACAAUAUCAAGUGACGUGUAAAACACCAAUAGCCUACAUUUGACUGAUCAAAUGUUCUUUCCAAUGCUGUGGGCUCUAUGAAACUAAUGCUUGUUCGUGCCUCAAAAUAUCACCUGUAGACUCUUUUUUUUUUUGUGUCCUAAAAGUAUCUCUUUUAUUAAUUUCCUAUGUUUUUCCCUCUUGAAUAUCUGUUUUUGUCCUUUUCUGUAUGUUUUAUUGGUAAUGUAUUUUAUUGCAUAAAUCUGCACAAAAAAAAUAAUAUAUAUAUAUAUAUAUAUAUAUAUAUAUAUAUAAUAAUAAUAUUGAUGUUGGAUCUUGAUUUAGAAAAAUUGGGUGUUUUUAAUUUGUUUGGCUUUUUCUAUCAUUUUAAUUGUGAUACACUGCUCAUGUAUGCUCGAUAGUUUUCACUGUUGGACUGUAAUUAUGCCUGAAUUGUAAAGUGAAUAAAUUGCCAAACAACUACCAAUA